AAUUUCCCCCAAGAGAUCCAGCAACCCCUCGAAUCCCGAAUGCAUCCAUCACAAUGGCCCUCGACACAAACUCCCCCCGGCGAGCUCACGCCCUACAAAACCUCUCUCUCAUCAUCCUGAGCCUGCUAUUCCUACCCCUAGAUCUCACAAUCCUAUCCUUAAGCUACGCCCGCCUCAUCACCACCGGAAGAAAAGCCUCGGCAAGAAUCCAACCCUCCAAACACCCCAAAACGAUCCUGGUCACUGGAGUCGGAAUGACCAAAGGCCUCUCCCUCGCCCGAAAUUUCCACCUGGCGGGUCACAGAGUCAUCGGCGCGGAUUUCGACAAGUUCGGGAUUGGAAGGUUUUCGUGCGCGGUGGAGAAGUUUUAUCGACUUCGAAAGCCAUCUGAAGGAGGAGGAGGAGGAGGAGGAUAUAUCCAAGGACUUUUGGACGUGAUUUUGAAAGAGAAAGUUGAGAUUUGGGUUUGUUGUUCGGGAGUUGCGUCGGCGGUUGAGGAUGGCGAGGCGAAAGAGAUUGUGGAAAAGAGGACGAAGUGUCGGGUUGUUCAGUUUGGGGCUGCGGAUACGCGGACGUUGCAUGAGAAGGAUGCGUUUAUUCAAAGGACGAGGGAAUUGGGGUUGAAUGUUCCUGAAACGCAUACGGUUACGAGUCGGGGAGAUGUAGAAGCUACACUGAGAAAAGCUCCGGCUGGGAGGAUGUAUUUGUUGAAGACGAUUGGUAUGGAUGAUGUAAAUCGUGGGGGUGUAUUGCUGCCGAAGGAGAGUGAGAAGGAGACUUUGGCGAGUUUGUCGAGGAUCGAGAAAUCUAUUUCGAAGGAUAAGUCUUGGAUUAUGCAGCAAUUUGUGCGUGGGGAGGAGUUCUGUACGCAUUCGUUAGUCGUGCGAGGGAAAGUGAAAGCUUUUCUGGCAUGUCCUUCGUCGGAACUCUUGAUGCAUUACGCAGCUCUGCCGGCGGACUCGAGUCUGAGCAAGGCGAUGCUGAAGUUCACUGAGACUUACGCUGCAAGGAGUGGGAAGGACUUUACCGGACACCUGUCUUUCGACUUCUUGGUGGAGGAUUCCAAGCCCACUAUUCCUGACGAGAUUGUGCUGUACCCUAUUGAAUGCAAUCCUAGAGCACACACAGCCGUCUGCCUAUUCAAUGGAACACCGGAGCUGAUCGAUGGUUAUUUGGACUUACUGGACGAGUCGUCAGAUAACCAGAUGAAACCCAUCGUAACACCUCUUCGAACUCAUCGAUACUAUUGGAUCGGUCACGACCUCGUCGAGUUCGUACUAGCGCCAGUCAUAGGUUUGCUUCGAGGACAAACGUCUUUCUCGGAGCUCUUGCAUGGGCUACGCGCUUUCGCAGAGCACGUCUUGUCUUGGAACGAU